GCUGAAUUCGCGACAGACAUCAUAAAUUAACUUCGUAAGGAAAAUGUCGACUCUUUUCUAAUUUAAUUACAAAUCAGGCAAAUGAGACAAGCUCGUAUUUGACAUUGGACUAUUAUGCAGUCAGUAACAGUGUUUUUAGCCUUUACUUGCUUCUGUUUGGAAGUACAUCAUGUCUAUUGUAAUUUCUGUUCUGGUGACAAGUACACCAUUGUAUUCUCAAACGGGAGCUCUGCGGAUUGCUUAACCUGUGCUACAUGUCAUCCUGGAAGGGGAUUGUAUCCUCGAUGUGGAACAAAACUUACACAUGAAAAAGUGUCCGACAUAUCUUGCAAAAAAUGCCCUUCGGGCACAUUUUCUGCUGAGCUAGACUCAUCCUCUUGUAAAAACUGUCAACAGUGUGCUCCUCACGAGAUAGUAUCUGCCAAUUGUACCAAGGUAUCUGACACAAGUUGCAAUAAAACGUGUGCUAAAGGAUACUUCUUUGCUGAGGUCUCCCACAGCUGUCAACAAUGUUCAUAUUGUUGUUUUGACAAAAAAGAUGAACCACAGCCAGAAUGUAUCAAACAUGGGUUCAAUGCUACUGGUCAAUACUGUAGCAUUCGAUUAGAUAAGACGUGCGCUCCAGUACCUCCAACUACCAGGACAACCUUGCCAGCAAUUGUGACAGAUAUGACUGCUACCAGCAGAAUAGUACCUCAUGAUACUACUAAAGGCAGCUCUCAGAAUACUAUCACAAUAGUAUUUGGUGUAUUGGCUUUUAUAUUUGCCUUUGCUGUACUUAUUGUUGGGUUCUUAUGUUGGAGGAUUAGGAGGAAGGCAACACAGAGCAUGAGGGGGGUCAAUGAUAAUAUAACCUGUGAAGCACUUUAUGAUGCCAACUAUGCCAGCCAAGGACCCAUACAAGGACCCACACAAGGACCCAUACAAGGAUCCACACAAGGACCCACACAGUCACAUUCCAGUGCUGAGGUACAGUUGCCAUUAGCAUUCCCCAAAGUUACAGAAUUACAGACCAACUCAGGUUAUGCCACAUCCUCCCCAGAAGGAUCUCCCUAUCCAACUGAUGAUGAGCUGGUAGAUCAGCUGUCUGAGCUAAAGGAUGGAUCACGAAAGAAGCGUAAUUUAAAAAGAACAAACAGUAAGGAAGCACAAGCAUCAAAGGACAGUGCCAGUGAGAGCUUGUUAGGAUCCAAAGAGGAAGACAGUGAUGAAAAUGAAGGGCAAGACAAAUACGAUGUUGAUGUAACAGUGCCCAGGAGACCAAGUCUUGUAGAGAGGGCCAAAAGGAAACUGUCCAAAGAUCAUUAUAAGCCAUUACAAGGAGAGGAUUCAGAUGAGCAAGAUGGAAAUGCACAAGAGGGAGAAAGAAGGUCCAGUGGGCCUAUUAUAAGUUUCAAGGCAUUAAAGAGGAAAUUAUCAAGCACUGGCACCCCUAACAAGGAAAACUUGCAAGAUCCAAAUGAAGAUGAUGAUACUGAAAGUAAGAAACUUUUGAAUUCUGCAAAACCUUUUAAGGUCAUGGUGCAACCCAGAUAUCAAGAACAGAAAGAAGGUUCACGAGUGGAAUUUGAAUGCAACAUCUCUGGAGAGAGAGAAGCACGUUAUCAGUGGUUCAAAGAUGACUCCAAGAUUCAAGGUCAAAGAAACUCUUCCCUUGUUUUGGAUCCAGUUAAGGUGGAAGACUUUGGCAAUUACAAGUGUGAAGUGAAAUAUGAUGAUGGUGACAGUGAGAAGUGUGUGACAUCUCUCCCUUCAGAACUAGAUGUCAUCCCCUGUGAUGGAAUGGAGCUCAAAUGUCUCAGAGAUGUAGAUCUCAAUAUUCAAGAGAAGGUUGGAAACCUUCUGACUAAGAAAAAACCGGGGACUCCGACCUGGAUACAACUCGCUAAUAGGUAUACUAUGGAAGAUCAUCAUAUAGAUUCUCUGGAACACAGCCAUGAGACAGCCGGAAGAGAAUUAAUCGAGUUCCUAGCAAAGUCAUACCCGAAACUCACUGUGUAUGAGAUUUGCAAGGAACUUAAAGAGAAAGACAUACGGCGUUUGGAUAUUGUUGAAGUAUUGUCAGCUCAUCUUUCGGCUCCAAUGUCAGGCGGGGACGUACCUUAGAGUUGUUUUACGUGACAUCACUCAAUCCAUAUCAGUGUUACGGCGACUCAAUGAGCAAAUGAACAAUGAGAUCAUUUCUUAGUUGAGUAUCUAAAGUCAUGUAAUGCUCUUGGAUUUGUUUUACUUCACUCAUCCAUUUGGGGUAGAAUACCUGUACCAUUUCCUCAAAAGAUCAGUAGCAACACUAAAACCAAAGCCAAUAAGUCAAUAUUACAAGCUUUAACAAGGCAGUUUGCCUUUUUUGACCAAGUUUUCUCAACUGUCUCCUUGUGAAUUUUUACUUCGUUUUGAUUUUCCCCUUUUCCAGGACAUCUUAGAAAUUCUUUUUAUAAGUGAUGCUGACCGGCAAACUGAAGAAUCACCUUUCUUAUGCUAAUCCUUUCUUUUUCUUCCAAGAGGUUAUAAAAAUGUAUAAAAAAUAGGUUAGUUAUAGAUAGAAGUUCUUGUGUUGCGAUCAAAUAUGGUCUCUUAGUGAGUUGGUGACGCUUUUGAAUGCAGUGCAUUGCAUCGACAAUUUCAGGGUCUGUGUGACUUCUAGAUCAUGAUCCACAAGCAAUAAUUUGGUAUCAAGGGAGUUUGUAUAAUUUGAAACGUUCCCUUCAGGAAAUUUAUUUUUUAUUGGACCUUGUCAACUGGAAAAGAUGCUGACUAAAAUUCGCAUACUCCUUUAGAGACGAGAAGAUAAUUUGAAACGGUUAGAUAAAAAGUGUAAAAAGUGUGUUAGAGUUAACGGACUGCAUUGACGGGAAAAAUAUGGAUUACCGUCUCAAUUUUUCUUAUAUUUUUUUGUAUUUAAGAGUUUUCAAGGUAUAGCAAUUUAAUCAUUGUUUAAUGAGUAAACCAUAUUCAGGAAAAUUUUCAUAUAAGUGAUUUCCAUCCACACUUGAUUACUUGGUUGUACGAUUUUAGAUUUCAUGGUUGAACAGCUGAAAGUAUUAUAUAUCCACAAUAACAACCAAUUUUUGUAUCCAAGCACAUUUAGAUAAGUUUUCUAUGAAAGCAAGCGUAUAUGCUUUCUUCAGCUAUCAUACAAAUGUUUCUGAAUUUUGAAAGCAAGCGUAUAUACUGUCUUCAGCAAUCAUACAAAUGUUUCUGAAUUUUGAUGUAAGCUGUAUUUUACAUAAGCUAGUUGUAGUAUUAUUGCAGCCAAUUUUUAGGGUCCGACUGUGGAAUUUCGAAAUUUCUGUGGAUUACCUUGUAACUGAGUGGUCACUAACGAUUGCCAGUUGUUGCGUGAAGUUCAGCCAUUAGCUUACAAAAUGUCAUAUUACAAAAUUGUUCAAGGAUUUCAAUGAUAAUGACAUCAUGGAAGUGAUUUUUAACUGUUCAUGCCACAAUUGUUCACAAUGAUAACAAAAAUGUCGUUGCCGUCAGAGUAUCGAAAGAAGUGUUAAUUAAACAAUACAGUGGUCAUAUCUUACCAGGAGUUAGUACUGCUUAUGUGACACACUAACGAGUGAGAACAUUAAACUUGUGAGACAAAAUCUAAUAGUGGAGGUGUAAUAGUCGAAUCGACACGAAAGAAAACAAUGAGUGCAAUUUGCAACUAAAAAUGUCUAUUAGUCUAAUAUCUAUUCCACAAGUUCGAUGCCCUCACUCUAACAGUUUGUACUUUAGGGUUUCAUAUUUACAAUUGAGUGCAAAUAAUAUAGCCGUGAAAUAGAUAGCUGACUAAAUAGUGCAACUUUAUGCUAAUUCUAUUGUUUUAUUUUGUUACACCAGCAUCAUUUUGUACUAUUCAGCGAUUAGUAUUUCACGGUCAUAUUGUUUGCACUCUAACAAAGAAGUUUCAUUUUGAUUACAUGAAGCUAAUAGAAUUUAUUACCUGAAUGGGCCAGUAUAUCAAAAUAUUUUUAUAACUUUAUUCUCUUUGCUAAAAUUUGAUAUUUUUAAUUUAUUAUGAAUCCAAAAAAAAUUAUUUUUGAUUACAUGAAACUAUUUGAAUUUAUUCCCUGAA